ACUGACCGUAAUAUUCACUGCGGGAAUCCUCUUCACCCAACACUGCAUUUUUUAUUUUUUCUUUGUAAUUUGUAAACAGGCUCCGAAAGUUGUUGUACGGUAAUUUGAUAUCUCUCUCACUGAAUAAGUGAUCUACAUUUUUAGAUAAGAGUGGCGGUGGUAUUGUGAUAGAUUACGUUUACUUAUUUAUUACAUUGAUUACACACGCAAUAUAUCGGAGAUGGGUAUCCACAUAAAUACCUGUGUAAAUCAUAAAACUAGUGCGAUUGUUCGAAUGGUUUAUCUUCUACUUUAGAUCUAACUCGAGUUUUAUAAAUAAUUACAUGUAGAAGGCUUUACAAUCGAAUCGAUUUUGUUUCAAUUAAGUUCAUAUGAUGGACGUCCAAAACAGUGAUUUAGAGGAACAAUGCGAAAAUGCAGUGUUUAAAAUUUGCUGCACACGAAAUAAUUAUUCAGUUCGUUCUGCUAAUCAGCUGGAAAAACAAUUAAGUUUAAUAACGAAAAGUAUCACUGCUCCAGUGAAAAUGGCACCUACUCUAAAUUUUGAAGUACCAACAAUUACAGAAGAGCAACUAAAACUUUUUGAGAAAUUUAGCACUUCAGAAAAAACUCGCAAAGAAAGCUCGAGUAAGGAAUCCAACAAUAAAAAUAUAUUAAGUACAUUGAAAGACUUGGAGUCUAUUUUAAAUUUGAUUGAAAGAUCAAAAAAUAGCGAUAUUCAAAAGUGGCUGAAAGAAUAGCAUUUAAGGUGCUAGCCAAUUUUUGACGAUGAAGCAUCUUACAAAAUAAAACUCAUCAGCAUACUACUGUGUGUGCAUCGACGUAUAUUUUUUUAUUAAGUUUGAUAAAAAUGUAAAACUGAGUAUUCGAUCU